AUGGGGGAAUAUAUUGAUGAAGAAAUAAAAAUAGAAUUACAGAAAGAAUUCAGUGAUAAAAAAGGAAAAAUACAAGAUGGAGAUAUAGAAAAAAUAUAUAAAAUAGUGAUGGGUAUUAACAGAAAAACCCCAAUAUUUAAAGAUUUACCAGAAUCACUGACUAAUUUGGCAUAUAAUAUAUUUUAUACACAAAUAUAUAGUAGAAAUAUUGAAUGUGUUUAUAAUGAAGAUACUACUAUAUCAAAAAUCAAUAGCUCUAUAACUCAAAUAUCUGAAAUUAUAGAUAUGAUUAAAGAAGAAGCAGAGACAUUAGACAGUAAAAGUAAAAAACAGGCAUUUUAUAAAUUAAUAAGGGAUAAUCAUAUGAUUAUAGCACAAGUAUAUAGGUAUAGAAAGAAUUUCUAUGAUUCUUCUAUUAAUAUACUGUGUAAGAAAGCAGGCAUAUCAGAACUAGAUGAAGAAAUAACUUCAAAAGAUGCCAUAGUUAAAAUACUUGAGUUAACUGAAUCUGGAGAGUGUUCUAGAUUACAGAGAGUAUUAAAUAUACUAAUGAAACAUGACGAUAAUCUAACAACAACAGAUAAGAAUGGAGAAGAACAAUCAAAUAUAUGUGAUUUAGAGCUAACUAAUGAUGAUAUUUAUUCAUUACAUUUAUUUGCAAGAACAAAAGAUUCGGAUUUUUUAAUUUUACUCUUGACAUUAUAA